AUGGGCAAAAUAACGAGAUAUUUCCGAUGCGAGAAUAAAAAUUGCAAGAUAAAACCGAAGUGGUCAAACGACAAGCAUCAAGCGGAAGAGCAGGAGUGUUAUCAUUGUCAUUCGACAAUUGAGCCGUAUCAAUAUGAUUAUGAAGGAAGGCUUUUUGGCAAAUUUUGGUGCGAUCGCUGCAAAAAGCAUUGGUUUUCCGGAAAUGCCUCUCAUAAAAAAUGGCAACAAUGUCAAAAGUGUAGUACUCACUGCUUUCCUGUUAUGCUUCGUGAGCAUGAUAUAAGGGACUCUGAUGAAGAACUCGAAUCUGAAGAGGAAGUAGAAAGGCCUCAUCCGCACCACCUUUGUCAGAGAUGUCAGGAGUUAAAAGAACUUUAUGAUGAUCCGGAUGCGAGAUGUGUUGGCGUCGAGUAUGGGAAAAAAUCUACGUCCAAGAACACGAAAAGAAGCGCCCGAAAACCAAAAGUCCUCCCAGCGAAGAAUGAAAAAACAACUGCCACAAAACCUCCGAUGAAUGAGCCAAAGAAAACAGUUGCCCUAGGCCUUUCGCAUUUGCUACAAUACAACUUUAGCAACAAAGAAUCACGGCUAAACAUGAAGAUCAAGAACGAAAAUCCAUUCGAGAUGAAGGCUGAAGCGGAUUUUCAAAAUCAAGUAAAUUCUUAUGACGAUGACUGGUUCUACACUGCGAAUUUACCUUACAGAAUGCUCGAUUAUAAAAUGAAGCUUGAAUCUGGUCAAGUGACUAGGAGUCCUCUUCAUGACCCUUAUCGUCAAAUGUACUUUGAGAACAUGAGAUUGAUCGGUCACAACCAAAGGACUGAAUUUUCCCCAGGCUUUGCUUCCUAUCAACAAUCUCGAAAAUACCGACAAUGGCACGAAGCGGAUCCAGUCAAGAUGCUAAUAGUUCCAAAGACUACGACUCAAGCUAAAGCUUCUGAUAAAUCUGCCACAAAGAAAGACAACGGAAAACCAAAAGAGCAAAAGAAAAGCUCGAAGAAGAAGGAUGAUGAUGACGAGUACUGGGAUUCUGAAGAUGAGUAUGAUCGUAAUAACUGGUUUUACUUUGCAAAUGAUGUGUAUGAAGAUGCACCUUUUCGACUUGUCGAUUAUCAAGAAAAACUUGAAGCUGGAUUGGUGAAGGAGUCCCCAGAGUGCGAUCCUUAUCGAAAAAUGUACAAGCAAUGGUACCACGCGAAAUUCGUCAAGAUGCAGAAGAAUGCCCAGACAAAGUCAGUUACAAAUGCAAAGAAGCAGAAUCCAGGAACAAAACAAGUAGCUCCUGAUAAAACUGCCGUAAAGAAGGAUCAAGCAAAACCCAAAAAGCAAAAGAAAAGCUCGAAGAAGAAGGAUGAGCCUAAAACUGGUCAAUCAAAUACUGGCGAAGCCAAAAAGAAAAAACGGAAGCGAAACCGAAAGAAGGCUGCAAAAACGACUGAUGACAACAAGGAGAACGCGAGGAAGACAAAAAAUCAAGUGAAAAAAGGCGAAACCGGUCUCGAGGCAAAAAUGAAGACUUUGACGAUUUCCUCCUCUCAACAAGCGACACGAACUUCGACUGGUUCUCGACGAGUGCUCUCCAAGCUUGGCUAG